UCCACAGUUUUACGUAUUAGGAAACAAGAAAUGUACGUUUAGUUAGUGCCUACAUGGCAACUCAGCUCAGUUCCCGCGUCGCCUAACUCGCCUUAGGCACGCAGUCAGCUGGGCACUUCCCCUCUGUAAAGGAUUAUCGCUGUCCUGCCUCUGUUUACUCUCCAAGUAAAGGACCUACAGUUAUUCAUCGUCUCUGUACCCUUCCCCACAACUGCAAGGAUCCAGAGGACGAUACAAGAAGACACAGAAGGCAGUGGAUCGAGUGGAAGUGACGGAGGAGACACAAGAUAUGAGGACGCCGCGAUCCCUACACGGUCGCCGGGCUGAGGCUCCUCGCCAAGACCACGGGCAAGGAGGAUCACAGGGACACGGCCGACGUCCUCGAGAUGUUCCAGAGGAUGAUCUCGGUGAUGAACGUGCGCGGGCAGGGGCAGGACGUGCGCUGGAAUGACAAGUACCGCUGCGUGCUGAGGCCAAGGGCAGGAGGUGACGAGGGCGGGGAAGGAGGCGUCGAGGACCAGGCAGGCCGUUUUGAUGAGCAGUCAGAGGCCAACAUCAAGUUCCUCCAGGAGAUUGGCGAGAUUUGCAAGGUUUGGGCCGGCAAGGAGAAGAAGAAGAGGGGGACAAAGAUCGGCAGGCUGCCGACACCCACCGCCUCGGCUCUGCACAUCACGUGCAAUGCCCUGCCCGCCUCCUGCAGGGACAUCAUCCUCCGCAAGAUCCCCGGGGUCGAGUAUGUGUGCAUGGGGAAGGCCAACUCUGACCCGACUGAGCACUCUUUCGGCAAGCGCCGCACCAUGUGCAGCGCCAACUACUGGACGAGCGUGCAGAACUUCAUGGUGAGCAACAGGUUGGCCCAGCGCCUGCAUUUGCUGAAGCUCUUCGGGUUCUUCCCCGGGGACGUGCAGGCCGACCUGGACCGGGCCAAGGCAGAGGAGAAGGAGGACGACGAGGUGAUCUUGGCCCAGCUUGCCAGGGAGCUGGCCGACGACCAGCCGGACCCGCCGACGGACGAGUUGCUCCUCGCCGCGGUCGGCAACUACGCCGGCUACCUGGCCAGGAAGGUCCAGGCCAACUCCUCUGUGGCCGAGUGCUGCAAGCAGGAGCUUGCCCAGCAGGAGAUGAAGAUUACCGUGGAGCUCGAGAGGGGCGACCCGCCCUCUGUGAUGUUCGACGCCCUGGUCGAGCUGGUCGACAGGGGAGAGCUGGAGACGGGCCGGGCGGUCCUGAAGCGGCCAUCUCCCAAUGGCCCACAUGGCGUCCUUCGGGAUGUCGCUGUGGGACUCCCUGAUGUGCAGGGAGGACAAGAAGGAGCGCAGGUUGAGGUUCCUCUCCCUUGCCAUGCGCCACAGGGACGGGUUCAGGCACCUCCUGGAGUUCCUGGCGGCCUCAGACCCGACCUUGCAGGGGUACAGGUGCCAGGAGGGGCACAACCUGGCCAACACCAUCUUGCCGCACAUCAGCAGGUCCCUCUUCAACUGUUUCGGUGCUAAUUUCUCCAAGGACGUGACCUCAGAAGCGAGGAAGAACAAGGCCUUGAAGCAGCCGACCGGCAGGAAGAGGAGCAGUAUCGAGGAGGGCAGGAAGGAGACGGCGAGGAACAGGGACGUGUACAAGUCCAGGAAACUGACCGGGGCCCACAAGUCAUAGGCCAAAAGGCUAAAGUGAUUGUUCAGGGACGAGGGCCAGAUAGCCGGCAAGACGUGCUGCGGCAAUAGUGACAUCGGAAUUCAACCAAAAUAAGUUGUGAUUGUAUAUAGAAAAAUGAAUAUUUUGCUUUUGUUGAGUAAAAUUAAGAUGUUUCUGCAUGCUUUCCUCAAGUAUUAAGUUUCUAAUGUGAAAAUUAAGUGAUUUAUUAGAUGUUAAAAACUUACGUAAAAAAUUGCACUAAAUAAAAAAAAUAAGUAGCUAUUUCGGGCAAAAACUUAUAAGAUAUGCUAAAUAUUGCUAUUGAUUCUGAAAAUAUAAGUGAUUAUCUCUGCAUUUGGUGAUGUUUGUGCAUCUAGCGUAAAAUCUGAGGAUUUUAUAGCCUUUUUAAGUUUUGUUAUACUUAUAUAAAAAACAAUUAAUCGGGAUUUUAUUAGGGAACGACUUUGAAUUUUUUGAUACCGCUGCUCAUGGAGACUCAUAUAUGCCUAAGGGAGGUGCCUGUUUUAGUUUCAGGUCGCUAGCUGCUUUGGUUUUGAAAAUAUUUAAAUUUUAAAUUUUUGAAAAUCGGCCCCCUGCGAAUCGGCCCCGCGCCCCGUUUCCCGUCAAGAGAUUGUGAAGUCU